UAGCUGGUAUCACUUCUGUCAUCUACAGAAAUGAUUAUGUCCAGAAUCCUGUUAGUCCUGUUUCUGCAGAGAAGAGGUGUGGAAAGAGUUAAGAGGGCGGCAGUGGUAUUAUAUUCCCAGUGUAUGUGUGCGCUUCGGUUGAGUGCUUUGCACUUAUAAAGUCCUGCUUGGCUUUUUCUAUCUGCCCCCUGCCCUGGACUCAUAAACUCAAAGGGCUUUUCCUCUUGUAGAAGCACCCUUGGGUGUGCUCCAGGGGGGGUAUCAAUGGGGCAAGCAUUCCUUUCCCGGCCUGUGAUACCAGCUCUGCAGGCAGAGGAGGGGGAUCCUCCAAUGGGGCCCCCAGCUCCUUCAACUCCACCUACCAAAAGAAAAAGCAAGUUCUCUGGGAUAGGAAGGUUCUUCAAACCAUGGAAAUGGAGGAAGAGGAAGACCAGCGAUACCUUUCGUGAGACUUCAGAAGUGCUGGAGAGAAAGAUCUCUAUGAGAAAGCCCAGAGAAGAGCUAAUAAAGAGAGGUGUUCUAGUGGAGGUACCUGAAGUACCUGAAGAUGCUUCAGUGAAAUCUGAGUCACCACCACCUUUAAGAAAUGGCCAUAUGAGCCAAGGAUCCAUCACUGAGCAACAAGGUGAUGACAAAAGUAUAAAGAGGAACAGUCGACCAGAUUCGACAGGACCACGUCCCAUUACUCAGGUGGAACUUGCACAGGAAGCCUUGCAGGAAUCUACAAAGCAGCCGCUUGCCUUACGGGAAUCCUCAAAGCAGCCACUUCUUCCUCCAAAAAGACCACUUUCCACCUCUAAUUCAGUCACUCAGGAUCAUAAUGAAGGUCAACGACCAGAGCCACCUCGGUCUGCAGCACGCUUGCCGAACACUACUCCUUCACCAGCACCUAGAACCCUGCUCCCCCCACAAGCAUCUAAACAGCCACCUGUUCCACCACCUAAGCCCCAGAACCGGAACAGCAGUCCUUUAAUGGCGGAGCUGUGCCAGGCACUUGGGGGAACCAACCUCACACCUGUUGGGUCUCGACCCUCUCCACCACUUCCUUCCAAACGAGGACUUCCACCUUCUACAGAUCCUGUGAGCAACAAAGAAAAAACUGUUCGACCUUUAUCACUGCCUUCUCACCUUGCAAAUGAAGCUCCAGCGCAUUCCCCACCAUCUCCAACGCCUCCUCCUCAGUCACCCAAAUUGCAGCCUUUGCCCCCUCAAGAUCCCCCUCCAACAGAAAUACCUCCUCCUAGUGCAGAAGAGGAAAAAAGAGAGAUGCCACCUGACGUGUCUGUACUGCCUCUUCACAUUCGCAUUCAACAGGCUCUCAACAGUCCACAGCCGGUGCCCACGUUGGAUAAUUCCCAGCGGGCGCACUCCCUUUUGUUUUUUUCCAAUGAAUUGGGGACGGCUGAAGAGAAAACACGAGUGAGAUCCUUGCCUGUCACUAUAGAGCUUCUUAAAGUGCCUGAUGAUGACGACGACGACGAAGAAGUUAGCACCGGGGAGGAGGAUUUGUCUCCAGAAGGAGGACAUUCUCAUGCCUCAAGGGUUUAUAUUGGGGAUGUUACUGUAAUACCAAGCUACAUUCCACCAUGCCUUCAGGAGGAGGAUGAGGAUGAAGAUGAAGGUGUUAGCGACAGUGAUUCCGAAGGGCCUAUACUGUACAGAGAGGAAGAUGAAGAAGAUGAUGAUGAUGAUGAUUCCACAACCAGUGCCCUGGCCAAUAAAGUGAAAAGAAAAGACACUCUGGCCAUGAAGUUAGGUGGAAAGUCAGGUUCUGAUGACCAAGAUGCAGAGUUUCCUCACCGCAGUCGAGAAGAGUGGAAUCGAAUACGGGAGCAGAUUGGUUCACAACUCAACCGAAGAUUGAGCCAGAGACCAUCUGCUGAGGAGCUGGCGCAAAGAAACAUUCUGCAAUUAAAGAAUGAAGCUGACCGGCUGGCAGAGAGACGAGAAAUCAAGAGACGACUGACCCGCAAGCUUAGUCAAAGACCUACAGUGGCUGAGCUAUUGGAGCGGAAGAUUCUUCGAUUUAAUGAGUAUGUGGAGGUGACAGAUGCUCACGACUAUGACCGGAGAGCUGAUAAACCCUGGACUAAGCUCACACCUGCUGACAAGGCAGCGAUCCGUAAGGAACUAAAUGACUUCAAGAGCACGGAGAUGGCUGUGCAUGAGGAGAGCAAACACUACACACGAUUUCAUCGGCCUUAAGACACAUUGAGAGAAAUUUUAGGGCGAGAAGCACUUACCUGCAUAGAAAGUUGUGCCAAUCACAAGUCUGUCUUCCCUCUGAUUUACCUCAGCCCUGCACCCGCAAUUGGUUUAGGUGGUAAUAUAGAGUAAUACUUUGUAGCUUGUGAUUUCCCAAUCUGAUCAAACCACUUAUCCCUACGGCAAAGGACUCUGUGUCUUGACCAGUGCUGACCUUCAAGUAUUUUUUUAAUGCGACACUAAGGACAUCUCUUCCAAUCAUCAUGUGAUCUCUCAGUGCCUUAGUUCAUGAAGUUGGGGCUGGCCCUGUGGGUGUUUUUUUUUUUUUUUCUUAAAUACUUUCUGUAUUUUGAAUUAAAUGGAGUAAAGACUUUUCUUACCUGUGUGCACAGGUCUUCCAAUGGAUACCAGGUAUCUCUCAGGGAUGGGUGGUUAGUUUUGUGUUUUAAAUGUAAUCCAGCAUGAGUUCUGAACGGUUGACGUAUUUUAGGCCUUGAAACCUGCCAGAUCCUUGGUUCCAUGCAUAGAAGAUCACAGCAUAUCACUGAGGUUUAUACCUCUACGUGACCAUGGAGCUGGCAUUUCCGGUAUCUCACUUCAACAUUAAUACUGUCCAUUUUUAUUACACUGAUGCUAAUCGCAUACGUUUUUAAGCAGCAUGAUCAGCUGUAGCUUUUGAGGUCAGGGACCUAUUUAGGAGAAUGUCAUUGUGAAGAUUAUUAUUAUUUUUUUUACACCAGGUUUGCUAUAAUACACUACGCCUUACUAUAAAUGAAUCAUGUGCUUUAGAAAUACAUUCUGAGAGAUACGAUAUGUAUAUAUAUGUACCAUACGUCUGACUUAGGGACAACUGGAAUGUUUUUUUUUUUCUGAAUGUGUAUGUAUGUAUAUAUAUAUGUAUACUUGGAUAGCACCAGUGUCUGUAUAUCAGUUUGUCUUAAUCUGAGUUUUUAAUGAUGAAAAUUAAAAAAAAUUAUUUUA